CUCCGUCUCCAGCGUCUCAGAGAAUCAUAUGACUGAAAUAUUGUUCGCUGAACUCCUUCAUUCACUCAUUAGAGAAGAAACUGUGAAACUAUCGUGUCGUGAAUGACGCACACUGGACACGCGCCAGAUGCAUAAAAACAAAUCUAUUACGAAAUAGCCCGUCGGAUAAAAUCAAGAAGAACUCUUCUGUGCAAAUCAGAAACUCGGUUUCUAUCCUCAUCUGGAUUUACUCCGGUUUCCUCGCAGGGGAGGAGCAGCAUCAUUUACCACAAAACCACGUCACUCUGUCAAACUUGCAGUUUUUUUUAUGAAAACUUGAGCCAGCGAGAUUCAAGCCCCUUCCUUUUUCUUCCUGGAGAAUAUCUGGGUCGGCGGGGAGAGAUGCAGACGGGAUUUAGAUUAAAUUUGACCCCCGUUAAGGAGCCUCUGGGUUUUGUUAAAGUCGUGGAAUGGCUCACCGCCGUGCUUGCGUUCGGGACCUGCGGAGGAUAUACUGGCAGAAAUGUGGUUUCCAUUUUCUGCAGCGGAAGCAGCAAUGAAACCCUCAGUGCCACUUUCACCUACCCAUUCAGGUUAAACCAGGAGCUGCUGGUGGAAAACAACACGACUCUUUGCAACCGCACGGUUCCUGCAACCCAUCUUGUAGGAGACUCGUCCUCCUCGGUCGAGUUUUUCGUGGCUGUGGCCGUCUUGGCUUUCCUCUAUUCGAUGGUGGCUCUUCUGGUCUAUCUGGGCUACAUGCACGUGUACCGAGACUCAGACUUCGGCCCUAUGUUUGAUUUUGUGCUGACGGCAGUUUUUGCAUUCCUGUGGCUGGUGUGCUCGUCCGCAUGGGCUCGAGGUCUGCAGACGGUGAAGGACGCCACCGGGACGUCUGGCAUUGAAUCCACUCUGGCGCUCUGUACGGACAGUAAUGUCAAAUGUGAAGUCACUGAUUACGCCAGCAUGCGCUCGCUCAAUAUAUCUGUGAUAUUUGGUUUCUUGAAUCUCAUCAUAUGGGUUGGAAACGCCUGGUUUGUGUAUAAGGAGACGCGCUGGCACUCGCAGAAGGUCAACGCUCAACAAGCCGCAGGACGGGGUCCAAAUCCAGCACCCAUCUAAACAACUACCCCACAGCGUUACAAUGCCCACCUUAGCCUUAAUGUCCUUAAAAUACACAAUAACAGUAUUAUGCUUUAUGCGGUUUGUCUGUCAGAACAAUAAUCAUAAGACUGUUAUGUUCAUUUGUGAUUUUUCUCUUUUUUCCUUUUCUGUUUUAUAUCCAUUGAUUUCUUGUGUACUUGAAAAUAUCUUGGUUAUAUUUCGUCAGCAUGCUUUUUUUACUUUUAUGGAAAUGCAACAUGUUUUGAAUGUGCUGUUACAAGAUAUCAUACCUAUUUUUUAAAUCAGGUAUACAAAUCUUUACAUUUACGUGUAUUUUUGCAUUUAAAAAUGUUGCGUUUAUAUUGUCAUCCAUGCAUUUUUGCAAUAUUAUCCGAUCAUCAGAUGCAUUUCUAAUGGAGCUGGAGUUUUGAGGUUUUCUUUCUGUUCUUGUUCAUGUUUUUCUGUUUCUUUAGUGAAGUAUUGUUCUCCUGCCACUGUAAUGUCAUUUUUGUGAUGAAUAAAACUGACUGUGACGUAC